UGUAAUGAGCACGUUAAUUAAAUUGGACCAUAUUUAUCAUAAUGUGUGGAAGUCCUUAAACAUUUCGAUAUUAUGUGUUAGAUAGAUUGCACUAAAAAGCACCGUCUUGGCACAUGACUUAAAAGUAAAAGUGUUCGCGAUAGAUACUGUCAGUUUACUUUAAUUAAAAGCAUGUAAUGAGCAAGCUGACAUACAUACGUCGGCAAAAAAAGCAGGCUUUGAAUAUACAAUGGUGCAACGCAUCAACUUACUGGGAGUUUGGGACUAUGUCGUCCUGGGAGCAGUUUUAGUGAUAUCGGCCGGAAUCGGAGUGUACUACCGUUUCACUGGGGGCAAACAAAAAACUGUCAAGGAAUAUUUACUGGCGGACAAUAACAUGCACAUAGCGCCGGUCGCGUUCUCACUAAUGGCAUCGUUCAUGUCCGCAAUUACCCUGUUGGGCGUUGCAAGUGAGAACUACACGUUUGGUUUUCAAUUUAUCGUGAUUAAUAUUUCGUACGGGAUUUUUACACCUGUCGCGGCUUACUUGUAUUUACCUGUAUUUUUUCAAUUGCAAGCAACGAGUGUAUAUGAGUACCUGGAGAGGCGAUUUGGGCAAUUUGCCAGACUUGCAGCCUCUGUGUGCUACAGUUUGCAGAUGGUCUUAUAUAUGGGUAUUGUAUUAUACGCACCUGCUCUCGCUUUAGAAGCACUGACUGGUAUAACGCAGCUAGCGGCUAUUUUAACAGUCGGGUUGGUCUGCACAUUCUACUCGACACUUGGAGGCAUGAAAGCGGUACUUAUGACUGACUUAUUUCAAUCCAUACUAAUGUUCGGAGCCGUAUUUAGCAUAAUAAUUUGCGCAUUUGUUCAGACUGGGAGUAUUGCAGAUAUAUGGAGGAUAGCGGAGGAAGGCAACAGGACGAGUUUACUCAACUUUGACAUUGACCCUACCGUUCGACAUUCCUGGUUUUCGCUUAUAAUAGGUGGGGGAGUAACGUUUCUCUCUCUGUACGCUGUUAACCAGACGCAAGUCCAACGAUACCUAACAGUUAAGGAUUUGAAAAAGGCCCAGCAAGCGCUAUGGCUAAAUUGGCCCAUUCUGACAGCUCUCAGUUUGUGUACAUCAUUUUCUGGAUUAGCUAUAUAUUCCAAGUAUUACAACUGUGAUCCAGUUUCCAAUAACAGUAUUACGUCCACAGAUCAGUUGAUGCCUUAUUAUGUGAUCGACUCCAUGGGACACAUUCCAGGAAUCAGUGGAUUUUUCGUUGCGGGGAUAUUUAGCGGGACAUUGUCUACAGUAUCCGCCGCAAUGAACUGCCUAGCAGCUGUGACGCUAGAAGAUUACUUUAAACCUCUCUACUACAGAAUAAAAGGGUACGAACUUUCCGAUAAGCGAUUAUCAAUACGGACCAAGAUUAUAUCGUUCAUUUAUGGGUUGGUUUGUAUCGCCAUAGCGUUUUUGGCACAAUUCUUGGGCGGCGUUCUUCAAGCCGCUUUAACCAUAUUUGGAGUGGUGGGAGGACCGUUAUUAGGGUUAUUUUCUUUGGGAAUGUUUACAAGGACUGCUAACGAACAGGGCGCAGUAACAGGCUUGGUGACGGGCCUGGCGUUCUCUAUUUGGAUCGCCUUUGGGGGGCCUAGACCCCCGCUUCCGAAGCUACCGGUCCGUGUUGAUGGUUGUAGUAGCACAAGAUACUUGCACAACAUAUCUGUACCUUUGCUUCAUUCAAGAACCGAUGACACGGACUAUUUUUGGCUGUAUCGCGUUUCUUAUCUGUACAAUGGAGUACUAGGUUUAAUAUGCACUUUGGUCGUGGGGAUCGUUGUAAGCAUAUUAUGCAACAAACUCUGUGGUACAAUGGCUAAGAAUACGGACCCAAAUUUGUUUGUACCUUUUAUAGCCAAACGGAUGAGGAAAAGAUUAAAACGUGACAAAAUUGAGAUAUCCGACGGUGUUUUCAUGAAUAACAAAAGUUCAAGCAAUAAAUCUCAAAGUUGUUAAUUAAUGUAGUUGAUUUAUAUAAUUAUAUUAUUUUUUAUUUUCA